AGGGAGCGUGGGCGGGAGGACAGAGCCCUCUCCUCACUUUUCUCCUUGCGUUAGAUGUUAGGCGUUGUCCAAAUACCUCCUUCGGACUCGAGCGCUGCCCCCGCUUUGCUCCUGCCUCCGAGGCCUAGGACCCGCCGUGCGGUUCCGCCCACUGCAUCACGCUGCGUUUGGGGGGUCCAUAGAUUUAGGGCCGUGAAAGCCUCCUAUCCCUACAAUUAAGUGACAGAGGUAACUUGAUUGAAGCCAUGACCAGGUGGGCACGAACCAAUACAACACAUAGUAAGAAGGCUUUGAAGGCAACAUCAUGGGAAGAUAUGAAGAAGGGCUCUACAGAGAGAGCAACCCAAAAUGAGCAAAACAAUAAACACUUUCAUUCCAGUGGUCUCUCCCUUAAGAAUGAUGUACCUCAAUCAAAAAACAAAAAGAAAGCAUCUUACACCAAUCAAGAUGUAAAUGGGUUCAUGGAAUAUCUAAGACAGAAUGGAAAGAUGACAGCAGCAGAUAGCCUGGAAAUAAGAGAAGAAAUAGCAACAGCUCUCAAAAAAGAUAGUCGCCGAGAAGGAAGGAGGUUGAAAAGACAAAAAAUAAAGAGAAACUCACAGGUUUGUUAUCAUUGCAGAAAGCCAGGCCAUGGUAUUGCAGAUUGUCCUGCCGUCCUUGAGAGUCAAGAUAUAGGCACUGGAAUCUGUUACCGAUGUGGGUCCACUGAACAUGAAAUAACCAAAUGCAAAGCCAAAGUAGACCCAGCUAUGGGAGAAUUUCCUUUUGCAAAAUGUUUCAUUUGUGGAGAGAUGGGACAUCUAUCUAGAUCUUGUCCUGAUAAUCCUAAAGGACUUUAUGCUGAAGGUGGUGGUUGUAGACUUUGUGGUUCUGUGGAACAUUUUAAGAAAGAUUGUCCUGAAAAUCAGAAUUCAGAUAACAUGGUCACAGUUGGUCGUUGGACAGAGGGGAUGAGUGCAGAUCAUGAAGAAAUUUUGAAAGCUCCCAUACCCCCAAAACAAAAAAAAUUAGUAGCCAAGGUUGUUAACUUUUGAUAGCAGGAAGAUGAUAUCUAAUAGUGUUAAUAGUUUGAAAAUAGUCUGAAUGUUGCCAAAAUUCCUUUUAUGGAAUUUUUAGUGCUAAAGAGGACUGCCACCACCAUGAAAUAGUCAAAAACAAGCAUUUGAUGCUUAAAACAAAGUUUUGAAGGAAAUCUACCUCUUAACAAAACAGCACUUGCAGAGUAUGAAUGAUACCAAUUGAUAUAAAUCUUGUUUUCUUAAAAAUAACUUUAGUUAAAAAGACCUUCUUCAUAUGGAGGUGAGCUGUUUAUAUUUUUGUAAAAGUUACAUCUCUUUUUGCAAUUUAUUUGAAUACAGUGAUAAUUUAAGAAUUCAGAUUUUUCUAGAACCUUAAAAUUUAUUCUGCUUUUGAAUAUUUAAUAAAAAUAACUUUACCUUUU